ACAUUCGUCCACGCAUUACGCCGACUCUCACUCUCCUGGCAAAGAGAACAUUCCACCGACACGAGCGAAAGGCACACCACACUCCAGGGUCAAAAAAUACAACGACAGACAACGCAAGCACCGCAGAGACCGCAGAGACCGCACCGCAGAGACCGCACCGCAAAGACCGCACCGCAAAGACCGCACCGCAAAGACCGCACCGCUAGAGACGUCCUCGCACCACUACCCGCCGGCAUCCUCAAGUCCGCAGCCGCCAAAGUAGGCUUCUUCCAGCAGUCUGAGAAGAAUUUCCGUCGUCAGAGCUCGGAAGAUAAUCUCUCCAUCGCGAGAACUGGGGCAAUGCAAGCGAUACCACAAGAAAACCCAAUUGGUUCGUUGAGCAUAAGAAGGCGUUCGAUUCACGGCCCACUCUCCUGCGAUGGCUCAAUGGAGAGGCAGCAACGAUUGCUAUGCUUUCGAGGAUGGCGUAUGAUCAGAAGGUGGCCUCCAAGAAUGCAAACCGGUAGGAUUUGCGCUCAACAUGUCUUUACGGUUCGGGUCCCCGCUUUAACCCGCUGUGAUGAUCCAUGGAGGUACGGAUGGGAAAAGGAGAAGUGCAAUCUUCACCUUCACUAUUCGGCGCUUCCUCAUACGAAGCCGCUUCUGAAGGAGUGAGUUUUCCAGAUUCACAGUAUUCCAGUCGUGGAUCCUCUUGGCAGUUUUUGGGGAACGCGCCACAAUCAGGAGACUCUCAGCAUGAGCGUUCGAGGCCAAGGCCAAGGGCACGGUGUACGAUUCGUGUCCGGGCGGGGAUUGCUGGUCUCCGUGCGGCCGAAGCGCUCGGCUGC